AUGGGCCCGAAUCCUCCUCCCCCUCCAGGAGGACCUCCUCCUUCAAAUCUUACCCCUCCUUCCAAGAAACGUCAAGAUCAGGGAUGGCGAGCUAUUGGAAAAUUCGACUACUCAACGGAAAAGUCUCCUUUUAUCGAGGAGUUGCCUCUUGAAGGGAUUCGAAAACUAAACGUCUGGGCCGAUUUCACGGAGCUCCUUUCCGCCGUUCGAUCGGAAUAUGCACAUUUCGAAAACGUCACAGAUUCUUUUGUGUUGCGCGGAAAAACGUCGGUCGGAGCUGCGAAGAUUCCUUCGUUUGAGUUCAAAAUCAAAAACAUAGAAUUCAAAUCGACUGACAAGAACAAGACAGCGAUACUCAGCAUUCCAGAUCCCAGCGAUUUCAAGACCAUCAGCUACAUUCAACACCCGAAGUUCUCUCUUCAAUAUCGUCAAGUAGUCAGGCCUUUUGAAGUGUACCUGAAUUCAACCGAGAGCGAAAUGGGGACGAACGCAUCAACAUUUGUCUUCAGAAAGUGCAAUGAUGCGUAUCUGUUUCCCGACUGGGUCUGCUGCGAGUGGAACGUGAGCCACCCUAAUUGCUCAACAACGACUACUACCUCUACUACGUCGACGACAACAACAACUACCCGAACUACGUCGACGACAACUCCGGCUCAUGCUGAACUGAUGGUCGGAGCUGAUUACGACUCCGAUGUCUACGACACUAAGGAAAUCAAAGACAUCCUCCCCAUAGAACGGGUCAGUGAGGCAGAAGUUGCCAAUUGCCUUUCUUUUGGCGAUCCUUCCAACUUCUGCAUUAUGGCGAGCAAUGGCUCUUUUUUAACGAGCUCAUUCGAUUGCUAUGAGAAAAAGGAGUGCGACAAAGAGCCCAAAAACGCGGUGGGAAUCAAUUUUUCCUUUGGAGACAAUUUUGACGGCGGGAUCUUUGCAGUUUCUUAUCAAGCUCCUCCGAAAAUGAAAGCAUCCACUUCUAUCGAAGUGACCUCGCCUGUUCUCUCUGUGAAUCUCCCAGAGCACAUGAGCAAAAACAUCAGAGAGGGCGAUAUCAAUAUGGUCUUCCCACAGCUUGAAAGAACCGGUGGAGAUCGCGGCGGAAAGACAAAAUGCGUCUUCUGGAAUAGGGAACGAGAGGAGUGGGACACCAAAGGAGUUUCCCUGGUCUCGAAGAAUGGCUCUCAUGUUACUUGUACGACUGAUCAUUUGACGAAUUUCGCCACGGUCCACUAUAUGUACCCUGGUGCUGGUCGAGUGGACUCCAAAGGGCUUGAAAUGACAAGCAACAUUGUCUGCGGAGCUUCAAUCGUCGCCCUCCUUGUCGUUAUUUACGCGAUGAUCAUGAAAAUACGGGGUCAACGAGGCUCGCCGAGCAUUUGGUCACGUCGAUCGAAGCAGCCUAUCUUGAUCACGCAUCUUUCAAUCGCGCUCAUUAUGAAAAUGACAGCGAUUAUGACGAUGAGCAUUUUCGAUCAUGUGACUAUCUUCACGGCAUCGGAAGAGCACAUGUGCACUGGUUAUGGAAAGGUUCUUGUCACGAUGGUCCUGUUUGCCCAAUUGGCGAGUCUCUGCUGGAUGUCUUGGAACGGUUUUAGAAAAAUUCAAGCAAUCGAUCAUUACUUCAGCAUCACUCGGGUAGCUGAAGGAGUUCUAGAUUAUCCCCAGUACUUCAUGAAUUUCCUGAUCCUUCUCGGCUGGGGAACACCUCUUUUCGUGGUCGCUGUGACUUUGAUUUCGUCCUUCAAUGGAGUUGAAAUUUUCGUUCCUCUAGGAAUCGACGAGCACAAGUUUUGUUGGAUCGACCAGGCCCUGGUUUAUAUCGUCUGGGUUAUUCCCUUUGCUUGCUUUUUCAUCUUGAACGUGUACAUCUUUGGAAAAGUGAUGUCAACAAUCAUUCAAAUUCGGCGAACUGGAGGAGGUCUCAAGAGAAGUGAUACCGAUCGACUUCGCCGAGCUUUGCGCAUUCGAGACCAAACAAGAGUUGCUUCUGGGCUAGUAGUGCUCUUCGGAAUUUCCUACUUUCUUGCCCCCUUCAUGUACCGAGCUGAUGAAGACAACGAAGGAGAAUCACUGUACCAGUUGAUUGUGACCUAUACUUUUGUCAUCGUCAACGGCCUUCAGGAACGCAUUUUCAUAUAUUUUCUUCAUCAUCUCAUGAUGGUAGAAACUGAGUAUUAA